AUGGCCGCUCAAGGUCCUGCCGCCACCGCCACCGCGUUCGAGAUGGUCGACAUCCCGGGCAAGGGCAACGGCCUCGUCGCGACUCGCAACAUCAAGGCCGGCGAGCAGAUCCUCGCCGAGACGCCGGCGUUCGUCGUUACGCCCCGCGAGUGCACCGAAGCGGGCAUUGCCGCAGCGGUCGCCAAGCUCUCGCUCUCGGACCGCGACGUCUUCUACUCGCUCGCCCUGGCCGACCACCUCGUGCCCCUCGGUCCUCAUCUCGGUCGGUUCAAGAACAACAGCAUGGAGGUGUACGACACGGCCGGCGGCGUCUUCCUCGUCGGCUCGCGCUUCAACCACAGCUGCGCGCCGAACGUCUCGCGUCGUUGGGACACGCCGGCGGCCAAGAUGCGCUUUGUCGCAAGCUUCGACAUCGAGCAGGGCACCGAGCUCGAGAUCGCGUACGCCGUCCUGUGCGCACCGCGGGACCAGCGCCAGCAGAUGCUGCAGCGCCUCUUCGGCUUCAAGUGCACCUGUCGCGCGUGUACCUUGACCGGCGACGCCCAGGUCAAGAGCGACGAGCGCAGGGCCAAGACCGAGAUCAUCCGCGACCUCGUCCCGAAGCUCAUCGCGCGGCCGGUCAAGCUCGUCGAGCUCGCCAAGCAGGGACUCGCGCUCAUCGAGGAGGAGGGCAUCGUGACCGGCACGGCCUCGUUCGCCUGGGACUGCUUUCAAGCGGCCGCCGCCUACGGUGACGUCGAGUCGGCCAAGGCGUGGGCGGUCAAGAACCUCGAGCUGCAAGAGCGCGAGGCGGGCGUCGAGUCGAGCGAGUACAAGCAGGUCUCCCAGCUUCAGCACAACCCGCGCCUGCACGGGUCGUGGGGCGUUGCCGGCAGGGUACAGGCCGUGCCGAAGCCCUGA